AUGAGCGAAGACCUCCUUAAUGAGGUCGAAGCAAUAAAUUCGAUUUACGGUGACCUCACCCUGAGCUCUGAUGUUGACGACCAUGGUGUUUACGUUCUAAAUCUCCCACAGCAUGCCGUCGCAUUACGGCUUCAAUUUCCAUCCGACUACCCAUCCGCACCACCGACCAUACUUGGUACGCAAAGCUCUGGAGAGAGAAAGGGAGAGGCCGCACAGUUUGUGGAGGAGUUCCGCGAUGCAGUGGGGAGGCUCUUUCAGCCAGGGGAGGUUUGCCUGUUUGACGCGAUUGAGGAGGUAAAUAGCAACCUGGCCGAGACGACGACAACGGACGAGGUGGAUAAUUCCGGAGAUGGAAAAAAGACAAAUGAACCCACAGAGUCGACAUCCAUACAGCAUGAUAUUCUUCCGACGUCUUCAAUUUCUCCUCCCUGGGUCCUCUCGGAAGUGGUCAUCGAAUUAAAGUCCGUUUUCGUCGCACGAUGCGCGCAAGUCUCUUCACCAGACCAGGCCACGCAGUAUCUCCAGCACCUGCUAGAUACAGACAAGAAAGUACGAUCCGCUACACAUAACAUUACGGCAUGGAGGAUCCAAGGCGAAAACGGGGUUACGUUUCAAGAUUGCGACGAUGAUGGGGAGACGGCGGCUGGUGGACGAGUCCUGCAUCUGAUGCAGUUGAUGGAUCUGUGGAAUGUUAUGGUGGUCGUCACGAGAUGGUAUGGAGGACACCAGUUGGGUCCAAAGAGAUUCAGUAUUAUCAAUACUGUUGCUCGCGAUGCUUUUGUGAGAGGAGGUUAUGUGAGGGAAGAUACGUCUGCGAAGAAAAAGGGGAAGCAUUGA